AUGAAAAAGAAAGAAGAACGUGUAAGCGACUAUUACAGAGAGAAAAGAGAAGCUUCUACAUUCAACCCAACCCUGAAAGCAAUAAAGGAUAGUGACGGUACAAUACUUAUGGAGCCGGAAAAGAAAAUUAUGAGAUUGAAAGAAUAUAUUGUUGAUCUGUUAAAUGGCACAAUACCUUCAGACCCGAUAGAAAACGCAACAUACCAGAAAGCGGAACCUUUUGUGAAAGAAAUAUCCAAGGAAGAAGUCAAGGAAGCAAUAAAGAACCUUAAAAACUGGAAGGCACCAGGUUCCGACAGCAUUCCAUCGGAACUCAUAAAAUAUGGUGGAGAAGAUAUGUAUAACUUCAUUUUCAGGAUAUGUCAUAGGGUAUGGUCGGAGGAAGUAAUGCCAGAAACCUGGAGCGAAGCAAUAAUUAUACCGCUCCAUAAGAAGGGUGAUAAAACUGAAUGUAGCAACUAUAGAGGGAUAUCUCUUCUAAACUCAGUGUACAAAGUUUUCUCCAAAAUCCUACUAAACCGUUUGACACCGUAUGCAGAAGAAUGUUUAGGAGAGUACCAAAGUGGUUUUCGCAAAGGGAGGUCAACCAUAGAGCAGCUAUCAGUAAUAGCGCGUUUAAUUGAGAAGAAAUAUGAAUAUCGCCAAAACAUAUGGCAAAUGUUUGUUGACUUUAGGAAAGCGUAUGACAGCAUCCAUAGAAAUAGCCUGUACAACAUAAUGGAAGAAUUUGGUUUCCCAAAAAAAAUUAAUAAAUCUAACCAAACUGUCUAUGGAAGGAGUGAAGUACCAAGUCAGAGUAGAAAGUACUACGCAGUACGAGUUUUGCAAAACGAAGCAAGAGGAAUAAACGUGGAUGAAUAUCAUAUAAAAGUGCUAGGUUUUGCAGAUGAUCUUAAUAUCAUAGGAGAAACAUUGGAUGAUACAGUGAGAGCUACUGAAGCAUUAGAACACGCAGCAGAAUGA